AUGGGACUCGAAGCCCUCGUGAAGCAGGAGCUUGAAGAGCUUGGAUACUCCAAUUGCCUUGCUAAGAAUGGCAGAGUGGAGGUACAAGCUCCCUCCUCUGCCAUCCCUCGUCUCAACAUCAACCUUCGCACAGCCAAUCGAGUACUCCUUGAGCUUGCGGAGUUCGAGGCUUGCUCCUUUGACGAGCUCUUCGAUGGCGUGUCUGCAAUAGAAUGGAAGCGCUGGGUCCCCAAAGGCGCAUCGUUCCCAGUGGUUGGAAAGAGCGUCGACUCUAUCCUCCACAGUGUGCCUGCCUGUCAGUCUAUCUGCAAGAAGGCGAUUUCUUCUUCACUUACAAAUGGCAUGGGAUCUGUGACAAAGGAAAAUUGGGUGGAGGAAGAUCCUAGGAACGGAGUGUGUGAGGUUGAGGUAGCAAUCAGCAAGAAUUUGGUGAAGAUUUCGAUCGAUACGAGUGGAGCUGCGUUGAGCAGGAGAGGGUAUCGCACAAAAGUGUUGGAUAAUGGAGCCCCGCUCAAAGAGACCCUUGCAGCCGGCAUUCUCAUGUUGAGCCGUUGGACUCCAGACCGACCUCUAUACGAUCCUUUCUGUGGCAGUGGAACCAUCCUUCUUGAAGCAGCACUCAUGGGAAGGAAAAUCGCUCCCGGGAUGCGGCGCUCCUUUGCGGCAGAAUCGAUUUCAACAUUGAGCCCUGCGAGUGAAUGGGCGCAGGCACGGGAGGAAGCGAAAGGGAAGGAAGUGGAGGAGAAGGUGGCUCGCAAACAGCUGCGACUGUUCGGCUCCGACAUCGACCAACGCGCCGUCCAAUUGACUCACUCACAUCUAAGAGCAGCAGACGUCCAGCAGCACGUGCAGCUUAGCGUUGCUGAUGUAGCACGCGUUGCUCCUCCUCCUGGCGAGUUUGGAUGCAUUGUAACGAACCCACCGUAUGGGAUGCGAUUGGGAGAGUCGCAGCGAGCAAACGAAGAGCUGGCAUCUCUUUGGAGGAAACUUGACACCUGGAGUUUGUUUGCUCUGAGCGGAGAUGUUCACUUCGAGGAGGAUAUUGGGAGGAAAGCAACCAAGCGCAGGAAGCUCUACAACGGGAAGUUGCCAUGCCAGCAUCAGGCUGGAACGAAGAUCAAGAGGUAUGCGGAAGGCAAGAAAGGAUUACGACUGGUCACUGUCAUGCAGAUGGUCAAUGUCAGAAUCGAUCGCUGGGUUUGCAUCAAGAACUGUGGUGCCUGCUGCUAUUUGGCUCCUGACUUCGGUCCUGAGCCACCUGAAGACCCUGAAGAUGCUCAAAAGCGGUUGUACAACGUGCCAAAGCGAGACUUCCAAGAAGUCGCUAUCGGAGCUUGCAAGGUGAUGGAGGCGGAGCAGAGGCGGAUGAGGAGCGGGACGUUGAAGCGUUUGCAGCAAACCAUCAUCGACGUGUUUGGCGAUGAAUCUCUCGAGUAUGACAGGUACUUGAGGGCUGUAGGGGAAGACAGUGAUGAAGAUUAUUGA